AUGUGGCUUGGGCUGGGAGUGAAUAACUCUGCUCUUCGACUUUGUGAUUCAGUUAACUGUGGAAUCUGGGAGGCGACAGGGCUGCUGACUGGGGCUGGUCCUUAUCUACGGCGUGCCUUUGCAAAACCUAAUUACCAACUGCUACUCAACUGCUACCAACCCAAUACGACUGCACUACACUGUGCUCUACCUACUCAGCAGAGUAAUCCCCACAAGCAUGCGAUAAGCCCAAAUACGACAUGGGCAUCACGACGGGGGGCCGUUAAGCUACCGGUCUCGCUUGUCAACUUUAAAUCAAUUUCUCUUCUACCGAUCUCUCCCGUUUGGAGUAAGGAAGUGUAG